CCCUCCAUUGCACAUUUCGAAAUUUCAAAACGUCAACGGUCAAUGGAAACUCAUAUGCUUGUUUACUUUUAAACAAACAGGUGCGAUUGCAUACGACUUAAAAUAAGACAUUCAUUCAAUUUUGAUAAAAUGGCAGAGUUCAAGACGCCGACAGCUAAAAAGUUUAAAAGUAGGAUCACGGACAAUCCUGAAUUCCAAACACCCAUCAAAAUACCGGCAUCUCCUUUUUUAAAACAAAUAGGUUACGGUUGUGGGGUGGGCGUGUUUACUUUAGAAAGGUCACCAAAAGUCGGAUUUGUGCGUUCUCCAUGGGCUAUUAAAAAGCGAAACAAAAAUGUUACUUCAGAUCCUAAAUAUAAUUCUAGAAUUCAAUUGGAGGCUGAAAUACUUAGAAAAUUGAAACACCCAAAUAUUAUUGGCUUUCGAGGCCUUGCAUAUGAAUCGCAUGGUGAACCAUGUCUUGCAAUGGAAAAAUUGGAUAUGUCAUUAGGUGACAUGAUCGAAAAUAGAGUAGAAGAAGGAGAACCACAAUUUCCCGCUGAUGAAAUAUUGAAAAUUGGCUAUGAAAUUGUCAAAGGUCUUGAAUAUUUGCAUCAUACAGCAUAUAUACUUCAUGGAGAUAUUAAAAGUUACAAUAUUUUAAUUUCCAAGGAUUAUCAAAUUGUAAAAAUUUGUGAUUUUGGAGUUUCUAUUCCAUUAACUCAAGACCUUAUUAUAGAUACAUCUAAUGAUAAGUUUAUGUACAUUGGUACACAAUGUUGGAGUGCUCCAGAAGUACUAGAUGGUGAUGAGCCCAUUACUAAUAAGGCUGAUAUGUGGGCAUAUGGCCUUGUUCUUUAUGAAAUGAUAGCACUUUCACCACCUCAUUUUCAAAAUGAAGAUUCAAUUGAUGAAUCUACAGAUGAUGAUCAUAUGUCAACUAUAAGUAUGGAAAAUAAUUAUCCAAAUUCUGAUGCUGAAGAAGAAGAUAGCUUUAUUCAAAGUUUGAAAGAUCCAGAUGAUAGUAAAUAUGGAACAAGACCACCACUUCCUGCAAUAGAGCUAGGUUCAGAAUAUGAUAAAGUUUUAGAAAUAUUUUAUGCUUGUACAGAUGAAGAUUACAGAACAAGGCCAAGUGCUAAAGGGGUUGUAAUGUUUUUUAAAAAUCACGUGAAGAAAGUUACCUCAUGAAAAUUUUCAAUGGAAAAUGGUAAUUUGAAAUGU